ACAUCUCUUGCUUCAUUUCUUCAAAUUAAAGCACAAAAAUGUCAUUUUCCUUUGCUUCCUCAAGAAUUUCUAUAAUGUUUCUACAGCUCUCUAUUCUUGCAGUUUUACUCCUAUACCCUGCUUGUGCUGAUAAAUUUUACCAAGAUGCGACCGUCACUUGGGGUGACGAGCAGGCUCAGAUACAAGAAGGUGGUCCCUUCUCACCUUGUCCCUUGACAAAAUUUCAGGUUCCGGCUUUUAAUCCAAGAAUGAGUUUUUAUUCGGAAGGUUCGACAUGCAGCUGAAACUAGAACGUGGAAAUUCUGCUGGCACUGUCACCACCUUCUACUUGUCAUCUCAAGGAGCAGGGCACGACGAAAUUGAUUUCAAGUUUCUAGGAAAUUCAUCUGGCCAGCCUUACACAGUUCACACCAACGUUUAUUCUCAAGGAAAAGGCAAUAAAGAACAACAGUUUCACCUCUGGUUUGAUCCAACCACAUCAUUUCACACCUACUCUAUUGUUUGGAACUCUCAACGCAUCAUUUUGUCUAAUUGUCCAGAUUUUUGGAAUGCUGAUGACUGGGCACACAAGGCGGGCGAGUGAAAACGGAUUGGUCCAUGGCUCCAUUCACAGCUUCUUACAGGAAUUUUAAUACAAAUGCAUGUGUUUGGUCAGCUGCAUCAUCUACUUCGUCUUGCGGAGGCUCUAAAUCCGCCGAUUUAGUGAGUAAUGAUCAAGCAUGGGAAACUCAAGAACUGGACAGUAACGGCAGAAAUAGGCUUAGAUGGGUGCAGCAGAAGUACAUGACAUACAAUUACUGUGCAGAUACUCAAAGGUUCUCUCAAGGCAUUCCUCCUGAAUGCAAGCGUUCUAGGUUCUGAGAAUUAAGUAGUUCAAAUCGUCUAUAACUUUUCCGGUGUUUGUUUCAUUCUUUAAUUGUUACUAUGUGAUAUCAGGAAAAAAGAACAGCGGUGUAAUUAUUUGUGUGAGCAGAUUAAAUUCUUUAUUCUUUUUGUAAUCGUGAAACAGAAAUUGCAAUAAUGAAUCACUUUUCCACCA